AUGGCGGAGGAGGAAGUCAAGAAAGUGGGGACUGAGCCAUGUUCUGAGGCUCCACCACCGUCUCCUCCGGCGAAAGAGGAAGCUGUUGAAGCUUCUCCGGAGGAGAAAUCUGUGAUUCCACUUCCUCCGCCAGAAGAGAAACCAGCUGCUGAUGACUGUAAAGCUCUUGAUGUUGUUGAAAAACCAGAACCUGUUGAGGAGAAAAAGCCUGAGGGCUCUUAUAAAGAACCAGAACCUGUUGAGGAGAAAAAGCCUGAGGGCCCUAUUGACAGAGAUGCUGUGCUUACUCGAGUUUCUACGGAGAAGAGAUUGUCUUUGGUUAAAGCAUGGGAAGAAAGUGAGAAAUCAAAAGCUGAAAACAAAUCUCAGAAAAAGAUAUCUGCCAUUGGAGCAUGGGAAAACAGCAAGAAAGCAAGUCUAGAGGCUGAGCUCAAGAAGAUUGAGGAACAACUGGAGAAAAAGAAAGCAGAGUAUGUAGAGAAAAUGAAGAACAAGGUUGCUCUCAUUCACAAGGCAGCAGAAGAGAAGAAGGCAAUUAUCGAAGCCAAACGGGGUGAAGAUCUUCUCAAGGCAGAGGAAAUGGCUGCAAAAUACCGUGCCACAGGAACUUCCCCAAAGAAAUUACUAGGAUGGUUUUGA